CAAACAACAUGCGGCCUCGUGUUUUUCGUUCUCUCGUGCGUGUACUGCGUUUUUGAACCACUCAAGUAUAGAGAAUCUUUCCAUAAAACGUGUAUAAAAUGCUGGAAAAAGUAGAGCAGCAAGUGGAGACUGUAGACAUGAUGGAAGAGGAGGAGUACGAUCCGACCGUACACAACGCGCUGGUCGACAAAAUCCACGCGAUCAGCGGAGCGCACCACAUCCGCGAUAUAACGCGCACCGAACCUUCGGCCAAGGUGUCGGAGUUUGGUUUGUCCAAAAAGCAGGAAGAUGCGGUCCGGUUGGCAGAUUUGCGAAAGUUUAUCAAGAAAACCAAAAAACACCCUACUGUUGUGCAACAGCUAAGCCGGUUGGCCGGUCGCAAGCCGCUAAAUCAACCACUGGAAAAAAUCAUCUCGGAAAAGAUCGAGCGGAAGGCUGGCUUCGUGAAGGUACAGCACGAGCUCUCGGCCUGGGAACCGGUCGUGACGGCUACGGAGAUCGCUCCGCAAACCGUGUUUCCGCUGCAGUACGGCAAUCUGGACGUGCUGAACGAGCCACCGAAGAAGGUCAGCGAGUAUCGCGUGAAAACGAAGCUCAUGGAAGCGAUGGAAGAGUUGGACCGCAAGUACGAUGGUGACACUGCGGCGAACGGUGAGAAUUCGGACGAUGAAAACGAUGGUCCGGACUACGCGAUGACGCUCGAGGAAAUGCGCCAGCAGCAGCGAGAACGGGCACGGCAAAAGAUUCGCGAAUCGUACCGCAUUGCUAAGGGACGUCGGAUGAACAAGAUUAAAAGUAAAACGUACCAUCGGUUGCUGAAGCGUGACAAGCUACGUCAGCAGAUGAAGGAGUUUGAGGAGCUGCGCGAGAAGGAUCCGGAGGCGGCCCUCGCCCAGCUCGACCGUAUCGAGAAGCAGCGGUUCGAGGAACGUGCCACGCUACGACACAAAAACACGGGCACCUGGGCAAAGAAUCUGCAAGUUCGCGCCAAGUACAAUAUGGACGUACGGAGAGAGCUGGCCGAUCAGCUGGCCAUCGGUCGUGAGCUAACGGCAAGAAGGUUGCAGGAAGACGGGAGCAGUUCGGAGUCCGACGUUGAACUUGAGGUCGUUACGGCGGAGCGCGAGAAUCCCUGGACGCAGCAGCAGCAGCAGCAGCAACCGAAGGGUGAAUAUGAACAGGCGGCAAAUCAGCAGAAAUCGCUCACCAGUGGUUACCGGAAGUACUGGGAGGAACGUAAUCGUGUGCAAAAUGCAAAGAAUCAAUUGCAGGCCGACAAUGAGGAGCAACAAGAGGAAAGCUCGGAUAACGAUGAGGAGGACGGUACGAUUGAAGAGUUCAAAAAGAAGCUUGAAACAAGUGGUACUAAAAAGCAGAACAAAAAGAACAAAAAACAGAAAGUCGCUUCGACGAGUAACGGAUGGGAGGUAGAGGAUGCCGAGGAUGGCGAAGAACCGAGCGAGGAAGAUGAUGAUACAGAUGAUGAACCGGGGACGGCGAAGAAACGAAAAGCGAAGCUAUCCUCUGUCGAGGAUCUGUUUGACGAAGCGGAGCAAAUGAUCGUAGGUGCAAUUAAGGGAAAGCUGAAGCGAGUGAGAACCAAAGUCGCGGGUGUCGAGAACAGCAGGAAAACGACUAAACCUGCUCCGAAACAGAAGCAAUCACGCGCUAAAGCGACUGAUAGUGGGUUAGCUUUCAAAAAGAAACCACGGCUGGCCGAUGCUGACAUUGAGCUGAACGAAUCGGCCCGUGGAGUUGAGAAGCAGGAUCCUGUUAAGCCAUUCGUCGUUUCAGCUCUCAAUGGCACUCCAGCACUUCCCACGGCUGCGGCCGAUAUUAACCCGAAGCAGGUGGUACAGAUGAAACCGAAGCAUUUGCUCACCGCCCUCCCGGACGCGGUGGCCACCGGUGAGCUAUCGGGCGAUGAAGAUCCCGAAGAGACCGGUGCCAAUCGUCAGCGUCUAACGAUCGCAGAAGCGUUCGAAGAUGAUGACAUCGUGGCGGACUUUGUGAAGGAGAAACAGGACGAACGAGAUAAGAACAUGCCACAGGAGAUCGACAAUACGCUGCCCGGCUGGGGCUCGUGGGCUGGACCGGGAGUGAAGAAGAAAAAGCGAGCGCAGAAGGUUCGCAAGAUCUUCAAACCACCGACCGAGUUGCCACGCCGUGACGAUAACAAGGAUCAAGUGAUCAUCAAUGAGGAUGGGAUGGUGAAUGAGAAGCUGAAGAAGCACCUGCUCAACGAGGUCCCGUUCCCGUUCGUGACGGUGAAGGACUUUGAGGCAUCACUGAGGGCACCGAUUGGCCGCUCGUUCAUCCCGGAAUCGGCUCACACGGCCAUGAUCGAACCGAGUGUCAUUACCAAGAAGGGUGUGGUCAUUGAACCGAUGAAGAAGGAAAUGCUGCUCCAGGAUCCGAACAAGGUGUUGCGCUUUGGCACGAAGAAGCUCAACGGUGCGACGGAAAAGUACCGUGAGUUUGCUGACAAGUUCGUGAACGGUAAGAAGUUAAGCGAGAAGGGAAACAAAGGUGGCCAGAAGGGUGGCAAGGGUGGUCAACAAGGUGAAAAAGGUAGCCACCGCGGUGGAAAAGGUGGCCAGCGGGGCAGAAAGGGUGGCCAACGUGGUGGAAAGAAGUGAAAUGUUGUUGAAAAUGGGAGAAUAUUGAUAUGAAUAAAAUCGUAUUCUAUUCUGAA